GGACAGCCUGGUGAGGAGUCACCCCAGGUGACUCUUGGAUGAAACUCCUUGGAGGCCUCCUACACCUGGGGAAGGCACAGGCUGGAAGGCGGCAAUUCCAGGAAAAGAACUGAGCCCCAGGAAGAGGCCUCACCCUGGGUGGGCGGGGGAACCUGUGCUAGCUGAGACUGUCCUAGCUGCAGCCCAUUGUUGAAAAGGUUCACCGUCCCCAUCCACCCCUCCCUGUGCCCCCGAUCGCCCACCCCCACGCGGCCUCCUGCCUCCCAGCCCCUGUAAUUACACUGCUUCCCCACGCGAGGCUGCUCCCAUUCCUUGGCCGCCGCUGGCCUUGAGGGAUGCAAAGGGAAGGCCCUGUUAUUAAAACUGCUGCAGAAGGGGAUGUGCAAAGUUGGGAUGACCAAGGUCUAGGUCACCGAUAAAGCCUGGAUGGCUGGGUCCUGAGCUGGGGGACUAAAAUGAGGGACGCCACCAUCACAGGUUACACACUAGCCAUGGCCUUCCAAACGGGUUUGACCAGUUAGAUUCCCGUGUGAUUCCUUGUGUCACUGGGCCAGCCCCUCCCCAGAGACUGGCCUCUUCCCCUCCUGCCUUCCCUAUAAAGCCUCUUGGGGUUCCUGGGCAACCAGACUCAGCCUACCCCCCCGACUUUGGGGGCCAAGAGACAGCCAAGAUGCUCAACUGGAAGCUACUGGGGAUCCUGGUCCUUUGCCUGUUCGCCGGAGGCAUCUCAGGCAGCGGAGACCACCCAUCUCCCCCAUCCACGGAGGCCUCAGAGGAGGAGGGCUCCCCAACAUUGCCUCGGGGCCCCCCAAUCCCCGGUGACCCUUGGCCAGGGGUACCUCCUAUCUUUGAGGACCCUCCAGCUCCAGGGCCCAAUCGUCCCUGGAGAGACCUGCCUGAAUCUGGAGUCUGGCCUCCUGAACCCCCUAGUACUGAUCCCCCUCAACCUCCCCGGCCUGACGACCCCUGGCCAGCAGGACCCCAGCCUCCAGAAAACCCCUGGCCACCUGCCCCUGAGGUGGACCACGGAUCCCGAGAGGAGCCAGACCUUGACCCACCCCGGGAGGAGUACAGAUAAUGGGAUCCCCAGAGGCAUCCUGUGCCUCCAGGCAGAGGGCCCUCCAGCUCAGCUCUUUUCCCACUUGCCUUGAAUUCUCUUCAACUGAGCCUAACUUCUUAAUCCUUUCCUUAUUCCUGAACCCGGAAGGUGUUCUCGGUAUUUUUUGUUCCCUCCUGGGAUCUAUAUUAGCCCCCACCUUACCCCUCUUUUUGUCUCUGUCAGCCCAAACCUAUAACCUCUAACUCUACCCUCAGUGGAGUCCUCACCCUUCCCACCACCUCUUCCUCCACCGGACUCUCUGGGCAGGGCCGGCAGCACUGUGUUCUCUGCUGCCACCUGGUGGCCAUCAGCUGGGAACUACCAGGAGAUGAUAGUGCUUCCAUGAAAUGGAAAAAUAAAAAACCGUUUUCUUAGUUUUGAA